AGAAAGAGAACAUCCAAGCUUCUCUCUCCUUGCUCCUCUUCUCCUUAAGUUCCCAGUCACUUCAGCCUCAAGUCGCACUCCACCUGCAUCACUAUGAAGCUCGCAGCUCUCAGUCUUCUGGCUGUCCUCUUUGUUGGUGCUUCACUGGCAAAUGACAUCGAUGAGGACUGCAACAGCGAAGGCGGCUGUCUGGAGAGAGCUGAAGACAUGGACAGUCCACUCUCGCCGGCCGAGGAAGAGGGCGAAGGCAUGGAUAUCGAGAGCCCUCUAAACCUGCUCGACAGAAAGGGCAAGGGCAAAGGCAAGGGUAAAGACAAGGGAAAGGGUAAGGGAAAAGGCAAGGGGAAGGGCAAGGGCAAAGGCAAGGGUAAGGGUAAGGGAAAAGGCAAGGGCAAGGGCAAGGGAAAAGGCAAAGGCAAGGGUAAGGGCGACGGCAAGGGCAAGGACAAGGACGACGACGACUGCGACGACACCCCGAAGCAGUGCAGCAACAAGAACGGCAGGUGCAUGAGCCGCAGGCAGUCCUGCGCCGGCAACACGGACGACUCCGACUGCAGAGGCAACGACCAAACCUGCUGCAUGAAAUACCAGUGCAGCAACACCCCGAAGGAGUGCGAGAGAAACAACGGCAUCUGCAUCAACAGAAUGGACAACUGCGCUGGCAAGACGCAGAAUAAUCUCUGCGAGAACGAGCACUGCACUUGCUGCAAGAAGGACGAGUGCGGCAAGACGUCGUCCAAGUGCUCCAGCAAGAGAGGCAAAUGCAUCAACAUCAUGGACUACUGUGACGGGAAGACAGACAGCGAUCUCUGCGACGGCAACAACUGCACGUGCUGCUACGAUUCCAAAUAAGGCAUUGACUUGUCUUAUCUCAACCUCAUCCCUCUCUUCAGCCCCGACUGAGGCUCAAGUUUGAGGGAGAUCGCAACGCUUACCUACAGAUGAUCACAUGUGCAAUCUAUAAGGAUGUUCUUGCAAUACCUGUGAUCUGUGAGUCUCCACUUUCUGUAUUUAUGUCUGUUUCUGUCCGCACAGUUUUCUGAAUAAAGGAUAUGAAGCGAUA